UCCAGACGAGGCUUCUCACGGCGUAAGGUGAGGGGGGCCUGGAAGGGGAGAGGGACUAGGAGGGUGGACUUAGCGGCGUCCUUUGCCGUACCUGACGAACUGGCAGGUUGGUCAGUAGUUCCUGAAACGCCGUGGAGGUCGGAGGUGUGUGCAGAAAACGCCUCUUUAACUCCCUGUUCAGAAUGAAGAGGUCCAUCUUCAUCUUCCUGGCCCUAGUGGGCUCGGCUGCCAGCGACAAGGGCAUUGGUCUCUCUGGUAGUUAUGGUCCCCCAGCGGAAGGUCACUUGAUCAUCGAGAACUUAGCGGCUGGCCACGCUGGGGGCGGCGGAGGCGGCUUUGGAGGGUUGGACUGUUACCCACAAACACAUUACCAGACUCACUUCAAAACCCAGAUCCAACAAGUCCCUGUCUACAAGACAGUCGUCAGUAGCCAGCUUGUCCCACAGCCUGUGACGGAAGUCCUUUAUGAAACUAUCUACAAGAAGCAUACUGCUUUCGUCACGGAGACAGAAUAUGCCACAGAUGUUGACGUCAUAACAAAGGUUGAUUAUGACGCCUACACUGAGACGGUGAACAAAUUUUUCUUCAGACCCCUCUUCAUAACCGAGACGGUAUUCCUCACGCAAGACCAACCCGUCUAUUUCACCGCCACUGAGAUUGUCACCGAAUUCAGGCAGGUUCCAAUAGAACAUACCCAGUACACAACAGACCUAGUGACCAUCACGAACCCCGUCACACUGACUCAUAAAAGCGAGCUCAUUGACGAGAAGUUGUUCACCAUCACUGAAACUAUCCACGUAGAAAAACCCAUUUUCGUCACCGAAACAGCUGUGUUACCUGGCCCGAUCAUUCCAGAGGAAGUGUUUAUCUUGAACACGAAGAAGAUAGUGUCCAUCAAGCCUGCUUACGUGACUUCAACAUACUUCCAUACGCACUUCGUGACGACGACCAACAUAGAGAGGAUUCCCGUGUACGUCACGAAGACUGCUUACGACCACUGCAAGCCCGCUAGUAGCUAUGGCCUUCCAGCACUAGCAGGAGCCAAUGUUGUACCCGCUGUAGGACAGGGUAUUCAUACUCUGAACCUGCCAUAGGAUUUAAUAUCAGGCAGUUAAGAGAAACUGAGAAAACAGAAGGCUCAAGGCCAGUAGUUGUUCCUGCCUCUGGUGGACCUGUUAGUCUAAACGCUACAACUAGAUCAGAAGAAGUAGGUAGAAUUAUCUUGGGAGGAAAAGGAGAAACCAAAAGUACUGCUUUGAAUGAAAGAAAACCAGCAGUUGCAGCUGUAGCUGGAGGAAAAACAGGCACUGAAGGUCCUGCUCCUCCUGUUGGAGCAGGACAAAGCCUAGACAUCGUUCGAGCUGAUGGAGGUCUCCUGGAUAGAGGAGACAAGGAUGAAGAAAGUCCAGCUACACCUGAAACAGGGAAAGGAAAAACCACAGGGGUCUCAGAACUGGGCCAAGUCGUCAAGGCUGAGGGAAUUCGCCUCAGCAGUGGGGAAGGUGAUGACGACAUAGGCAAAAGCAUUGCCAGAACGGGUCUCUUAGAUGGUUCAAAGGCCAAACCAGGGCCCCAGUCAAAGACAAAGAGUUCAUAAGAUGAUGCUAAUGGUCUGUAAAAGAAUAAAGCCUCCGGAAAAAAAUCUUAAAUUCCCAAGAGAUUUCUCUUCAGAAAGACUUUGUGGUGUAUUUUCAUAGAAUGUUAUACAUUUUAAUUAUAUUCAAGGGAUUGUUAGCAAUUUAUAAUGGACCUUUUUUCUUUUAUACUUCAUUUAGAUUCUCAGGAUAAUACUUCAUUCUUCUAUUCAUUGUUUAUCAUCAUUCAUUUCUACAUUUAUCUCAAGACUGUAAUUCUCUUUCAAAAUAUUAUAUGUGUACACCUUUCCAUUUAAUUUGUGGCUUAAAAAAAACAGAAAAUAUCAACGCAUGAAGGAAAAUUCUACUUAUUGUUACAAUCUCUGCUGAAAUAUUUAUCAAAGUAUUCACUGAGAAGUUAAUCUUGAAUUUCACCACAUGCAUUUUUUUUACUGUAAAUAGCUGUAUAGAUGAAAGUGUUUCAUUUGAUGAUACAAAUUCUUAUUGUAAAACGUUAAAAACUUCAAUGUUUACUUGUCUGUGACUUUAUUGUUAUGAUUAUUGUCUUUGCUCAAGUCUGUUUCUGUGUAUUUUUAUAUGUAAAUAAAGUUAUUCUUUACGUA